CUUUUUCAACCAUGUUAUUUGUUAGAUUAUAAAAGUGGAGGUGGAAAGCAGUGGGCCGAAUAAACGGGGGGUCGAACUCUGUUAACAUCAACACCGGUCUGAAAGUGAAAGUAGAAAAUGUGGCUGUUGUUACUGAGCUUAGUUGCGCCUCUGAGUUUGAUUUGUUGGCUUAUCACAAUGUUCUAUAGCUAUGUGCAUAAUGACACUGUGCCGGUUUCUCCAGUGCGAUGGAUGAUAGCCAUAGUAGCACCAGUUGUCAUAGCAACCUGGGGACUGAAGAGAAAAAGUCUGGAUAGAUCAGGUGCUAUAGCAGGUCUGGUGGUUGGUUUCAUUCUCACCAUCAGCAAUCUGUGUUUUUUCUCAUCUCUUCUAACAUUCUUUGUAAUGGGGUCAAAGGUUACCAAGUUCAAGGCUGAGCAGAAGAAAAAAAUGGAACACAACUAUAAAGAAGGGGGCCAAAGGAACUGGGUCCAAGUUCUAUGCAAUGGUGGCAUGGCGGCCAUAUUUGGCCUACAGUACAUGUUCCACGUGGGCUGUAGGGAGGUGGUGAUUGACUUCUCCCACCACUACUCGCCCUCCUGGCUCGCGGUGUCCGUCCUGGGGUCCCUCGCCUGCUGCUGUGGGGACACAUUCUCAUCCGAGCUCGGUGCUGUGUUCUCAAAAAAUACUGAGCCCAGGCUCAUUACCACAUUCAGGAAGGUCCCUAGAGGGACCAAUGGUGGCAUCACCCUGAUAGGAAGUUUGUUCAGCAUGGUUGGAGGGGGACUUGUGGGUCUAGCUUACUACAUAACACAGAUUUUUCUACUCAGAGAAUCCUUCCUAGACAGAGGACCCCCUCAGUGGCCUCUCCUGAUAGUGGGGCUCCUCAUGGGGAUCAUUGGUUCAACGGUAGACUCACUUUUAGGAGCCAUUUUCCAAUACUCAGGUUUCCAUCGGAAGCGGAACUGUGUUGUUGAACAUUCCGGAAGUGACGUAGACUAUAUUUCCGGGAUGGAACUUUUGGACAAUCAUAGUGUUAAUCUAUUGUCGUCACUGAUUUCUGCUUUGAUUUCACCCAAAAUAGCGUUUGAACUAUGGCGUUUAUGCAGCUGAGUUGUAAACAAGGACGGAAGUUAGCAAUUUUACAAAAUUAUUUUUUUUUAAACCAAGGAAAAAUAGGUUCAGAAAUUACUGUGCCAAAUGUGUUUUAAAAAGAUCUCACAAUUGAUGUUAUGACAGACCAUUGUUAGCUGUAAAAUUCUUCGUAUUGCAGUUGUUAUUGACAUGCGUGGUGUUUUGACGCUUUUUAAAAGUUAUUAUGCAGUGUAUUUAAAAUAUCUUGUUAUGUACAUGUAAUCAUAUAUUUAUGUAUGUGCAAUUUUAUUUACAUGUACUAUGUGUGAAGUAUAUAUUAAUCAUUAUACAUGUAUAUCUGACACAUCAUAAUAAUGAUAUGCAUGUAAUAAUAAUAUAAAUCUAUUUGUAGAUUACAUAUACACGUAGUUAUUGUUUUGAAAUUAAAGGUCUAAUCUUUUAAGAGUUCAGAUUAAUCUCUGCCAACACUACAAUCGAUAUGAAAAUAGACUGAAGAUUCGCUCAUUUUAUAUGGUACUCGCUACACAAACUGUAGCGAGUAAGCGAGCGGAUCUAAAGAUUUUAUUUUAAUUAAAUUGUCAACAUUUCUAACUAAAUAUUCCCUUUACUCUGACUUAAAUGUUUUGCCAUUCUGAGAAAAUCCUCUUUGUAUUUUGUGUUUGUGUUAUUUUUAUUACCAAUAAAAACGUAUGUGUACAUUGUUGAAAUGUGUGAAAAUUUAGAAAAAAAAAUCUCCACGUUGGUUUUAGGUAGAAUGGAACACCUCCAUAUUGUGACAAACUUCCUAUCAAAAUAAGCAAUAAAAUCUAAUGAUAUGAUCUUUUUAUUGAUCACCCCCCCCCCUUCCAAUUUUAAUUUAACAGCGUUGUCUUUUAUAAUUGUUACCUUUCCCAAAACUUUUAAAAACACACUUUUUGGUCAAAUAUUGUAAAAUUAUGAACUUUAAAAAGGUGAUUGUAUUUUCAUUUUAUAAUGUACUUUUAUUCACAUUGAUAAGUGACCCAUACCACCUUAAAAACUGUAACCAACCAUUUCAUUUUACUUGGAAUUUCCAGUAAAUAGUUUCAUUUUAAAAUAUCCAAGUCGUCAAUGAUUCUUUUGUGAACAAAUAUUAGAUCUGUAAAUUAUUGAAUAAAUAUUCAUAAUCAA